AUGUUCGGCUCAAAGGGUAUUAAGAGAGGAGCCAAGCCCGCAGAGGAGUCCAUCGAUCUCGACCGCAAGCUGGAAGAAUGGACAGCAGAGUUCGGGCCCGAGCAGGGGAAGCAGCUGCAUGCCGUUGUCAUGAGGGAGACGGAGAAUUAUGAGUAUCUGAAGGAACGUAAGACUCACUUUUGA